AAAUGAACCAACCCCAAUUCAAGAUCACCAAUCUCGAGUUGUCUCAUCACAUCCUCAUUUCUCUUCGUCUACUUGCUUUCGUACUGUCGAUAUGGGUUUUCAUCAAAAGUUGAUGAUCCUUCUCCUUUUGCCUCUUUUGCUAUCUCAAACCAUCUCUGGCUAUUCCUCUAGUGAUGCGAAGUCAUGGUGUAGCAAGAUGCCUUACCCACAGCCAUGUGAGUACUUCUUGACCCACAACCCUAAGCAAACCCCUCUCAAGCAGAAAUCCGAUUUCCUCAAGGCCUCAACGCAAGUCGCCCUCGAGAGAGCACAGCUCGCCCGGACCAGCACGCACUCGCUAGGCUCCAGGUGCCGGAACGAACGCGAGAAGGCCGCGUGGGCCGACUGCGUCCAGCUUUACGAGCACACGGUCCUCCGCCUGAACCGCACCAUUGAUCGCCAAUGCACUCAAGACGAUGCGCAGACAUGGUUUAGUACAGCCCUGACUAACCUCGAGACCUGUCGGGCCGGGUUCGUCGAGCUCGGUGUCUCGGACAACGUGCUGCCCUUAAUGUCGAAUAAUGUCUCCAAGUUGAUAAGUAACGCUCUGUCUGCAAACUAUGUGCCCUACGUUACGCCGAACUACACCAAUGAGUUCCCUACUUGGGUGAGGCCCGGCGAUAGGAAGCUCUUGCAGUCUUCGUCUGCGGCGUCUAAGGCCAAUAUCGUGGUGGCCCAAGACGGUUCGGGGAACUACAAGACGAUUAGCGAAGCUAUAACCGCAGCAUCGAAACGGUCCGGCACAGCAAGGUACAUAAUCUAUAUCAAGGCCGGUACUUAUAAUGAGAAUGUUGAAGUUGGAUCGAAGUUGGAGAACAUUAUGUUCGUGGGCGAUGGUAUUGGAAAGACCAUAAUUACCGGAACCAAAAGCGUUGGUGGCGGAUCCACUACCUUCAAUUCAGCAACAGUCGCUGUCGUUGGUGACGGAUUCAUUGCCCAAGACAUCACUUUCCGUAACACUGCCGGUGCGGCAAAUCACCAAGCAGUUGCUCUACGUUCCGGCUCUGACCUCUCAGUCUUCUAUCGAUGUGGCUUUGAGGGUUAUCAGGACACCCUUUAUGUUUAUUCCGAGAGACAGUUCUACAGAGAGUGCGACAUCUAUGGCACGGUUGACUUCAUCUUUGGAAAUGCUGCCGUUGUUCUCCAGAAUUGCAACAUCUAUGCCAAAAACCCUCCUAACAAGGUCAAUACCAUCACUGCACAGGGUCGAACCGACCCCAACCAGAAUACCGGCAUCUCCAUCCACAAUUGCAGAGUCACCGCAGCUUCAGACUUGAAAUUGGUUCAAAGCUCCGUCAAGACGUACCUCGGGAGGCCGUGGCAACAAUAUUCAAGAACUGUUUUCAUGAAGACUUACCUUGAUAGCCUAAUUAACGCAGCCGGUUGGUUGGAGUGGGAUGGUGACUUUGCCCUUACGACUCUAUACUAUGGCGAGUAUAUGAACACGGGCCCGGGGUCGUCAACCGCAAAUAGGGUCACAUGGGCAGGUUACCAUGUCAUCACAAGCGCGACGGAGGCCUCGAAGUUCACCGUUGGGAACUUCAUUGCCGGUGGCUCUUGGUUGCCCGCCACUGGCGUGCCUUACACCUCUGGCCUUUAAGCUUUGCAGAGGCAGAAAAUCACAGUGAAGCACAAAGCUUGACAAGGUCACAAGUCUUUCAAAGGAAAAGAUGGUGUUCAGAUUAUAUGCACUAUAUUGAAUCCAUUAAUACAAACAUAGUUAAUAAGCGCAAGCAUAUGUUGUGAUUCAUAUAUAUAGUUUCAUAUUCUUUGAAUGUAUCAUUUGUAAUAAAGGAAAAUCAGUUGUCAUUCUUUCACAUUUGUAUAAUUUGCAUAAGGAAUUUCCAACAGUCUCUUUGGUUA